AUGUCAACAGCUCCCGGACCCGGUAUGACCUUUCAUCCACCCCCUCACCCUGGGGGAAACAACCCAUGGAUCAACUUCUACCCUUCUCGACCAUCUCUUCAGGCUCAAGGCAGUACUAGCACGGCAGAUACAAGUAUGGACUCUAUCGAAGAAGGUGAAGAAGAGAUGGAGGAUUCGGAACCUACCUACACCGGCAGACCAGAAAGGAAGAAGAAGUUGACCAGUCAAUACGAUCCGUCUAAUCGAAAACAACCUCCUAAACCGAAAGGCAAAGGGAAAGCAGGUACACAAUCUAGAUCAAGAUCGUCUUCCAUCCUCAACAGACAGUCUACUUCCACAGCCACCUCUUCUACCGACGCUGAGACAGAUUCGACUACCGCCAUCUUCCUUCCUGAUCCCUAUCAACCCCCGAUUCAGCUCAAAGGACUCAGUAAGAAUGGAUUAUUACCCGCUCCACCAGGAUGUAUACUAGAUGUCAACGAUCUACUCAUUCUUCACCCUCCCGAAAAGCAUACAGAAGGUUUGCAAGGUCAUACUUCUCAAUAUGAGAUGUAUACCUGUAGGGUCUGCUCGAAGACUUACGAUGGCAAGAAUGCCAGGAGUGUGGCGAGAAGACAUCUGCAGGAUAAACACGGAGUGCCUCUUUCGGUACAAAAAAGAAGAAGUAGAUGGGAUUAUGAGCCCGAUCGACCCAAAUCCCAACAAGAUGCAAAGGAAAGGAGUCUGAAAUCCAAGAGAGAUUGGAUCAAUAAGCAUCGGCAAAUCCAAAAAUUAGAGCAAACCCACGAUGCUUUCCUCGAGAGAUUUGGCCCGUCCGGUAUAAUCACACCGUGUGGCAUGCGACUUGUCGCCCCUAAAUACCGAGGAGAAACCGAAGCUCCCAUCGUCAAGAACAAACGAUUUCUCGAUGGGACUCAAGGUAACUUGAUUAUCCCCGAAGGUAUUUUGAGAGGUGUGGAAGCUAUCAGGGAGUAUAAGAGUGUGCCGAGAUAUAGUGGUGAAUGUGAUGGACCUCUGCCAACCGACGAACCGGAAGUAUCGGUCGAUAUGACGGAAGGGAAAGUUAUAGUCAAACAAGGAAAAGGUAAAAAGAGAUCUGCGAACGUCAGUGGUGGCUCUUCACUCUCUGCGUCUACAUCCCAAAGUGAGAUCGACACUCGGUCUACCACCCCCCUUCAAGCCCUGUCCAGCAAUGUAGGGUUACCUGGUCAACAGUACUACCAUCAACCUGCCACUACUACUACUCCCAUACCAGCUUCUCGCUGUUUACCACCUGAUCCACCUCAAAUAUACCCAUGGCACAACCAGCCCCUUCAACCUGCUUCCAUGACUUUCUUGAACGGUCAAUAUCAUUUCAUCUUCCAUCCCCAAUACCAGCAAUACCCAACCCCGAUGAUCCCUCGAGACCUCCAGGUGGCACAUGUGGCUCCCAUCGAUGAGGAUUCUUUACCUUCUUCACCUGAAGACAUUGGCCCUAUGCCCGAACAACAAUGGGUACCAUCUGGUUCAUGGUCAAGCAUUCAGCAAGAACCUCAACAGCUCGAACCUGCUCUGGAUAUCACGCAGCAGUGGCAAGGUCUUCAGCUCUCCAGCUUGCCACCUAAUGAAGAAUCAGAAGAACCACCAAAGCAAGGUACGAAGGAAGGAAGUGUAGAAACUGAGGGUGAAGCUGUGGCUGCGGAAAGCCUUUUGAAUCUUCAUAGUACCCCUCUUAGAGGUCCGGAGGAGAAUGGUCGGAAUGAUAUUCAACUCGCCCGAGCUCAAGCCAGGUUAAUUUUACCGCCAGAAGUCCUCGAUAAACCCUCCUCAGGUACUCAUUGUACCAAAGACGAUUCGAAUUCAGCUUGGUCUACCACCUUGCUUUCAGCGCCAAAGAUUUUCUCACCUACCAGGGCCCGUCCUGUGAGGUUGUCAUCCAUCAUACAGCCUUUCCGAGACCCUCGACCAGAAAUUACUCGAUCAUUAUCAUUCGACGCUCGACCCGAUCUGGACGAUCCGUUCGUUUUACCUGAUACACCCACUCGACCAUCAUCAGCCAACGGAUCUAAUAGACCUACACCAUUCUCUUCGAUGAGAAGGAAGAAGAGACAUACGAUAUCCAUGCCUAGUCCCUCGCCGCUGUCAUCAGGAUUCAAGAAACGUAAAGAGGCUCCUACACCUACUUCACCUCGACCUACUACGACCGCAACCACUUUGGGCAUCAGAUCAGCGUUGAGACCUAUUUCCACCAAUAUCAGUGUCAAACCUAAUUACACAGGUGCUUUCGCCACACCUAUCAAGCCUUCUGGCUCAUCGAUAGGACCAGGAUCAGCUUAUCCCCAAUCAGUAACUAAAGAAUGGUUACAAUUCAGUUCACCGAACAAUGCUGAUGCUGCUAUGCGUCUGGGACUUGUCCCUACCCAUUUUGCACCUACCACUCCUGGGCUCAGGGGGAUGAUAGGACCUGACACGCCUGAGAUGACUGUUCUGGAAGCGAGAGCGAAGAAGAGAAGGAGUGAAGGGGGGAAUACACCGGGUGUAGGAUGGGGAUUUGCAAGAAAGUGA